ACCAAAAAUUGUUAAAUCCUGAAUAAAGAUGGCUCGCCAGGUUAUUGUUGUUGCACUUGUUUUCAUGGCUGUUGUCGGGGCAUUUGCUGCCGAUUCAUCACCUUCACCAGCCCCUUCAAGUGGUUCUAAGGCUUCCUCACCUUCAAAGUCGCCAUCUUCUUCCCCUGCUGCAGCCCCAAAGUCCUCCUCCAACUCCACUUCCUCUGCCCCAUCGCCAUCCCCCAGCACCAACUCUAGCAGCAGCAGCAGCAGCCCUGCCUCUUCACCAUCAAAAUCCACCGAGGCACCCAAGUCCUCUGCUGAAUCCCCUAAGUCUUCUACCUCUCCUGCUGCUACCCCCACCAGCUCUAGCCCAAGCGAGAGCCCCAGCAGCGAGGUACCCUCUGCUGAGUCCCCCGAGCUCGCAUCCCCUCCUUCACCAACCGGUGAUGCUCCUGCUGAUGGCCCUGCUGCUGCUGAUGGCCCUACAACCGAUGCUGCGGCCAGUGAUGAAACUCCAGCAGCCGCACCAGGCACAUCUAGUGCCGCUGCUCUCAGGACCUCUGGAGCCAUUGGUGUUGCAGCUAUUGCCGGAUUCUUCUUCUUCUAA